AUGCAGGUUUUCAAGACAAUAUUGGUUGCGGUCGCGGCUGCGAGCACUGCAUUUGCUGCCCCGAUAGGAGCCGCGGACGAGAAACGCGAUAUCCCAAUUAAGAUCAGGUCCAACAUCAAAUCCAUUGGGGUCUACGCAGCGGACCAGCCCCCCGCCUCAGACUAGAUAGCCCAUCUGCACUAUACCAAGCUCAAGCCAAUUCAAAUGCCAGGUUAUUUGAACUAUCCAUCCUACUCAACCACCCUCCCAAAAGCAAAUCCCCUCACCCCACUACUAAUCCACACGCCCUCUCCCACCUCAACCGUGCCCACACUAAUCGGCUCCUCCAUACAAAACCCCUUCUU